AUGAAUGAGUUAAAACUUCUUGAAAGAUUGCCAGCAAGAAAAACAAAUAUCAAGAUGAAUUUUGUUCUAAAUGGUGUAUUUUCGUUUCCUGAGGAAUGGAGAGUAACUGAUGAGUCAAAUCCAAAUUUAUUUUAAUACUCAGUUGCAUUUCUUGAUUAAAGAUUGUCAGGUGGAAAAGUAUUACCAAGAGAGCUAACUGAGAAGGAGAAAAAAGAAAUUGAAGAAGCAGAAGCUGCAAAGAAAGCAAAAAAGCAACCAAAAAAAGAUGCUAAAAUUGAACCUCCUAAAUUAACACCAGAGGAGGAGAAAGAGAAGCUUCUCAGAGAAUAAAUGGAACUUGAAGAAUAAUAAAGACUUAAGGCAGAAUGGGAUGCUUUGACAGAAGAGGAAUAAUUUUAUAAAACUUAAGAAGAUCAAUUCAAAAGUCCUAGCAUUAAGUUUGAUCAAAAUUAGUUUUCUUAAGAAUUAACUGGAUAAAAGCUAGUGAUACAAUAAGAGAGAGUGAGAGUUGAUUAAGGGGAAUGGAUAUUUUUGUAUAAAUCUCCCAUUCCAGGAGAUGAAGAAGUAGCAAAACUUAAAAAAACUAAACCAAAGACUUUAAAUAUCAACGACUUAAACAUCAUUGUAUUUAAAGCCUGGAUUGAUUAUUUGCCAUUUUAAACUCCAGGAUAAACUGAAACCAUUUAAAGAAUAAAGUUUACUUAGUAUAUGGAUGAGCAAUCUCCUCCAGAAACACCAAAGCCUAAUAUAGAAACAAUGUAUAUGUAUCUAAAGAUUAAUUUAUCUCAACCAAUAACCCCUGUAAGGUUUGAACCAUAACCUACCUUUUAAGACUUGAUCCCUUUGGCUCCGGAACCUCGACCAAUCCCAUUAAGUUAGUAAUGUAUUGAAGAGUUGAGGAGUGAUCUUUAGGUCAUAAUAGAAUCAUUAGCUAUGGAAUACUCUAAUAUGUUUUCGAAAGACCUAAACAAAUAUCAAAAUGAAAAAUAAAGUAAUAUGUUAAUGACACAUAAGAAAUAGUCUCUUUAAUAGAGAAAGGAACAUUUUUUAUAUGAUUUUAAUAUAUCAGGAAAAUACAAAAUUUUAAAGGAAAGAAUAAAAAAGAGUAUUGUAAAGUUAUGUAGAGAUAAGUUUAAUAAGUCUGGUUCAGUAACAGGCAUUUCAACAACAUAAAGUGAUUAAUUUUAUUCUGAACUUUAUGUGUUUUUAAUGGAGGAAAUGAGAUAAGUCUUAAUUAAUAUGGUGAGAGAGAAUAAAGAAGCAUUGUAAGAGGAUUUCUCUCAUUUACUUUCAAAGAAAAAAACUAUCUAAGAUGUUGGAUUUUAGGAAAUCAUAGUAGAAAAAACAAAUUGA